UCGAACCGCGAUCGCGUUAUACUGUUGCGCUGUCCAGAUAACGACGGCGGCGUGCGGCGGUCGAUCAUCAUCAUCAUCAUCAUAUCAUAUUAUUAUUAAACGUCGCUUCUGCGAUAAACAGGAAAUAACAAUUAUUAUAAUAUAUUAUAAUCAUCAGAAUUACUAUUAUUAUUAUUAUUAUUAUUAUUACUACGUAUAUACUAUUAUUAAUACAAAAUUAAACCGCGUGAUAUCACCGUGUGUAGUGCAACAUAAAAUACUGUUCACGGCGGUUAGAUGGCCGUCAGUCGCAGUGCUUAAUCGUAUUAUAUAUGUGUGUGGCGGUCAUAAACGUGGAACACCGAACCGCCACAGUCGUUAUUUACCGAAAUCCAACACUAUAAAAUAUUAUAAUGUACUAAAAUAUUAUUAUUAUUAUUUUUAUUGUCGUCGUCGUCGUCGUCAAGUUCACGAAUGUCAAAGACAACGAAAAAAACACAAGAAACUAGGAAAAAUCUUGUGGAUCGAAUAAAAUCUGACGACGGUCAUCGUUCUGAAUAGCCACGCCACACAAAACUAUUUAGUACGAAAAUAACAGCACUCGUUUAUUUGAACACUACGCUUGAAAAAAAUAUCGAACUGCGUAGAUAUGGUCAACUGCGAAAACGGAUAUGAUAACUCUGCGUGUUACCCAAAUGACUAUGUCGGUGUAACACAGAUACCGUCGAUCGAAAUGGACCGUGUGACCGAUACCAGAAUGAAUGAAGUCGUCGUGACCGGAUGCUGCGGUAGUGGUCUGAACGGGAAUAGCAAUCAUCAGUCAGGCGAUCAGUCUCCUGAAAAAGGCUCGCCGGACGUAUGUCAGCCCAAAUGCCCAGCGGUCAGACCAACGCCCUGGGACCCAAUAAAAACGCGGUUUGUGGCCGUCUUAACCAUAGCCAUAAUCGCGUGGGCACUGAUUGGCGUUUUUGUCAAAAACCUGUAAAAUACGAAAAAUUAUUGAAAUCCUAUAAAUACUCAAUCAAUAAUAUUGAAUUUUAAACAUGUCCAACUAUAUUAUUUUCACAUUUAUCUAUAUCUUAUAGUAUCUAUGAUGAUAUAAUUUAUGUAAUGUAACAUACGAUUCUGUUCGAUUAGUUAUUAAUGUAUCUUGAUGAAUAAAUAUGGCCACGCUGCUACUCUACUUGA